AUGUUGGUUAAUAUUCUCUUUAAUCUUUUACUUUUUAUUGUUAUUGUUAAUUCUAUUAAAAUUCCAUUUAUUAAUAAUACUAUUCUUAAACCAACAUUCAGUUCCAAUAGUAUAAUCAUUCAAAAUCAUACAUGUAAACAAUGUUUAUGUAUGUUAAAUUCAUCGUAUAUUGCUUUGAAUUGUUUUCCAAAUAAUACAUGUCAAUUCUUUUAUACUUUUCCAAAUACUUAUCAAAUUCAAACGAUACCAACAGCUCGAUUAUAUUUUCCCAAACAAAUCUAUCCCAAUGCAAGUCAAUGUUGUAUGCCUGAUACUCAGUCAUUGUUAAAUAAAUUAAAUACAGCCAUUCCAACUUAUGCUAGUGUGCCGAGUCCUCGUUGUCUUAUUUUAGACAAUCAUGGUUAUCUAGUAACAGUCUCACAAACAAAUAAUUCUCUUGUUCGUUUUUAUUCAACAAAUUUAACAAUUGUUAGUCAGCCUCCAUCGCCCAACUUUCCCGAUUCUCCAUUAAAUCUAGCUUUUUAUAAUGACGCUUACUAUGUUGGAUUCGAAUACUUUAUUCUGGUGAUUGAUAGUAACAAUUUUACAUUACUGCAUAAUAUCACAACAUCUUCAUUAAGUGGAACACGUGAUAUGAUAUUUCUUAAUAAUGGGCAAAUGAUGGUAGUUGCUUCAACUGAUAAUGCAUUUCUUCUAUUCUUCAAUCGAUCAAAUAUUGUAUCAACAAAUUAUACUUUUGUUUAUCAACAAUCUGUUAGUUAUACAAAUCCACAUGGAUUAUGGUAUAUAAAUGAUACUAGUUUUUAUGUAACAUCAUGGGGUAAUAAUGCAAUUUAUUCAUAUUCUGCUAAAAAAAAUAGCACAUUGUGGACUGAAAAACUUCUUCUUAACGCGGGACCAAUAGCUCCAUCACCCUAUGGUAGUCAUUUAACAAUCGAUGGAUGUAAGCGUUAUUGGUUCUCAUUAGGCACAUAUGAUGUACUGAUUUUUGAUAGUUACGGAUUAUUCCUUGGGAAUAUUACUCAAACAAAUUAUACUGUUUUUCAUGCAAUAAUUGCAAAUAAUUAUGUCGUUUAUUUAUCAGACAAUCAAUUCAAUCGAAUUAUUCGUAUCGAUCCAAAUAUUCAAUGUUAA